UUGAGCUGAGUAUGUGUGUGUGUGUGCGUGUAUGUGUUUGUGUGUAAUUGAGCAGCAGUAGUUUGAUGUAAGGGACGGGCUGGGCGAGUCAGUCCGCCUACACGGGCUUUGUGUUGAUGUUCAGGCGGUGCUACAGCGCUGACAGUCCGCGACAAGAGCAACACUAGAGAUCAGCAUUCCCAACAACACCCAUCCACCAUAAAGAGAGGGAGAGAAAGAGGACAGACGGUGUUUUGGGCGAUUUGACUGUAAGGGAGUGGAGCUGGACUGAAUCAUGGCCACUUCUACGUCUUGCACAGGCUCCACGCUGCUGCAGCCAAUUAGUAAGAUUAUUGAUCUGCCACUGGACCAGGUGAACUUUGUGGUAUGCCAGCUCUUCGCCCUGGUCACGGCCUUCUGGUUCCGACUCUACCUGCACCCUAGCAAGACGAGUCCCUUCAUCCGGCAUGUAGUCGCCACCCUCCUGGGCUUCUACUUGGCCCUCUUCUGCUUUGGCUGGUAUGCCUUACACUUUCUGGUACAGAGCGGUCUUGCUUACGGCAUUAUGAUCUUCACAGGUGUAGAACACAUGCACAAAUACUGCUUUGUGGUUACGCUGGGAUAUCUCUGUUUCUGCCAGGUCACAAGAGCCUAUGUGUUUGACUACGGCAUGUACUCAGCAGAUUUCACUGGGCCCAUGAUGGUCAUCACACAGAAGAUCACAAGUUUGGCAUUUGAGAUUCAUGACGGUUUGAUGAAGAGGGAGGAGCAUCUAAAGCCCAGUCAGAAGUAUCUUGCAGUCAGGAAGAUGCCCAGUCUGCUGGAGUAUCUGAGUUAUAACUGUAACUUUAUGGGGAUCUUGGCCGGCCCGACCUGUUCCUAUAAUGAUUACAUAGCCUUUAUAGAAGGCCGAUGGUACGAGCCCAAGCACCUGGAGUCAAAUGGCAAGGAGAACGGGAGAUUCAAGCAGAGUGACCCUUCACCUAAGAGGGAUGUGAUCCAGAAAGUGUGCACGUGUGCUCUGUCACUAAUGGUUUAUUUGGUGAUAUUCUUUCACUCUUUCACAGCCGAUGCCAUCAACAAUGCGGCUGGUUUUGGGUUUAAUGGCUAUAACGCAGAUGGCACCCCAAAAUGGGACAGAAUAUCAAACUUAAGAAUACUUAAUAUUGAGUUUGCCACCAGCUUCAAGAUGUUCUUGGAUAACUGGAACAUACAGACGGCACUUUGGUUGAAAAGAGUGUGUUAUGAGCGCUGCCCGUACAAUCCGACUGCGGCCACAUUCCUCCUCUCAGCCAUCUGGCACGGAGCGGACCCAGGGUAUUACCUGACCUUCAUCACAGGCAUUGUUGUAACAAUGGCAGCACGGGCAGUAAGACACAAUGUGCGGCAACAUUUCCUGGGCUCAGCCACGCUCAAGCUCAUCUAUGAUGUGAUCACAUGGUUCAGCACGCAGAUGGCCAUUUGUUACACUGUUGUGCCAUUUGUACUGCUGGCAGUGGGGCCUUCACUGAAGUUUUAUAGCUCGUGGUACUGCUGCAUUCACCUGAUCUGCGUGUUGCUGGUGCUGGUUCUUCCUGUGAAGUCCAGACGCACGAAACAACAGGAACAGCCGAGCAGCGUUCAGGCCAACGAACAGAACUGUCUCUCCUCUCCUCACAACAACUGCAACCAGAAGCAGAAAGCCACAUGAGGGCAGGAAGGGCUGCUCGACCCGCACACAGCGCUGUGAGGAACUCUGAUAUCAGUACUGAGAGACAAAGAGCGGCCAUUUCCUCCCUCAGAUCCAACGACACUGACAGUGACAUUAACAAGGCAUAAACUCCAGCAACAAUACAGCGAAAAGACACGGUUAACCCCAUAGUUGCCCUGUUGGAGAUGGGUUUUAAACAGGAAAUCUUCAUAGGAUCAAAUGAAAUUGGGGUGAUUGAUUAUUAAAAUGGUGAAUAAUUGACAAAUGUCAGUUAAUCUGAAGUUGCCUUAAAACCUCCAUAUAUUUAGGGCCUGAAGCCUCAUAUGGGGAUCGUGUUACAUAGGAACGGACCAGUCAUUGUUGGCUUAUAGAUUCACUACAUUAGUGCGGGAAGUCUAGCACUGGAAUCGGCUUCCACGGUACCUAGAAGGUUUCUGCCAUUGUCAGUUAAACAAAGUAACCUCUCUUUUAAUUCUUCUCAAAGGAAAUGUGUGCGGUAAAUGAAAAGAAACAAGUCCAGUUGCGUGUUGCCAAACUCAUAGGCCUUAGGUUCCUAUCUCCUGCCAUUGCUUCAUCUUUAUUCUUUUUGAAUUUCUGUGCUUUUCUAGUAGGUUCAUAUCUGCUGCUUUCUUUGGGUGUGUCUUCAUUUGGAAAAUUGUUUUUGCAAUCAUUUUUUCAGUGAUUUUUGUUUAUUUUUAAUUAAGGGCUUUUGGUUGGAUUAAAGGUUGUAUUGAUGCUAUUUUUAAUGGGUUGUAGGCUUCCUCGGGGCACACAUGUUUCAGACCAUUUUAGAUGUUUCUCUACCAUCUAUGUUUCUCCCACAACAUACAGCCCAUCUGGAGAAAACAGAAGACAGUUCAAUAAUACCCAGUAUCACAGCUUGUUUGGGUUUUUAUUACAGAUGUAAAUGGUAAGUGCAAUAUCUGUAUUGUUUCCAUAGGUGCAUGUUAAAUGAAAGGAACACAUUAGUUUUGCAAACAGUGCUAAUGCUCUCAUCACAUCAACAAUAGUCAGAAUUGUGUAGAGGUUCAGUAUUCAAGUACACUACCAGCUAAAAGUUUGGACAAAUCAGAUUUGUUCCUCUUGAUCUUAAAAACCUGUUGAACUACAGGCGAAUGCUUGAAAUGAGUAAAUAUGAAUAUAAAUUGUGCCAACAUAGUAAUUCCUUAAAACUAAAAUAUUUAGUUUUAAUAGUAUUUUUAUUUUAUUUUGUGUGUCUCACAUAGUGAGGGAAAAACAGCCAACAGCAGUGCUUGGGAACUACAUAAUUCCCAUAUUUACAUUUGUUAUUUUAAAGUUUUGAUGACUAUUAUUCUAAAUUGUGGAAAACAGUAAUAAUAAAGCAUGAAGUCUUGACUCUUUACUGGUAGUGUACUGUACAUGCAGUACUCAGAUGCAUGCAGUUUCAAAUUUUAUUUAAUAUAUAUAUAUAUAUUUUUCUAUGAAUACAUCAAAACUCUUAGGCCCUAAAGAAACCUGCAAGUUGUGUUCCUAUAAGAUUUUUUCUUGAACUUUGAUCCUCUAAAAGGCCUCAGAGAGCCUUGCUCAUUUGAUUCAAGGAUCUGGAAAAUCAGACCUCAUCAUAUCCCACCAGAAUCUACUUUUUGAUAUGUGUAAUUAUGUUGAUGCAAUUAUUUUCUUCCAAACAUUUUACCCUUUGGUCAAAGUGACUAUAUAUGUUAGUUUUUCAUUUGGUAAUGAAGGGCUGAAGGCACUAAAGCAUUUACCAAAGUGAGUCUCACUGGAUUCUUGUUAACCAAGCAUUUUCAAUAACGAAAAAGUUAUUCUUGGGCGUGAAGUAGACCAGCCUCCAUUUGGAGAAAACGCUCCGAACCAGCCCGCUGGGAUUUCGUAAGCACACUUCUCUAAAGUCUUAUUGUAUUUGGACUCCAGAAAUGUAAAACCAUGAUGAAUUACAGCCCUGUACCAACAGUUUUAGCAACUGCAAAACCAAUAGGAGGAUUAAUAAGUCUGCACUUCUGUUGGUAACAGUCUAGAUAUAUACCAUAUAAUUGGUCUUCUUGCCUCUUUGUCUUAAAGGUUUAGCUUAAGGAAUUAACUGUUUUAACGGUUCAAAGGCAAUAUGUCCCUCAGUAACCAGUGUACUAACUAGCACCUCGAUGCAAAACAAAAUGUCCAAAGUGCCAAAUCACAUGAGGUGCACAAAAGAUCACUUUAUUUGUACAGGUUUACAACAGGGUGAGAGGUUUGUACUUUAAAAUAAAACAAAAAACAAAGUGAUUUAUUUGGUCUUAAACUGACAUUAUUUUUACCUAUACUGAUAUGUUGGGAGGAAUCACUCCCUCCAUAUUUGCACUUUUGGUAGGAACGAGUCGGGGUAGUGCUAUCGUAGAAAAACUGCCGAAGCAAUGCAAGAAACCGCAGUGCUACUCAACAGUUAGAGUAUGUGCUUAACAAGUUAAACGGAUGAAUUUGCCCAAAAUGUUAAAUUCAUUGUAGUAACAAAGGAGAAUCAGGAUGGUGUUCCAGUGCCAUAGAAAGACGUUAAAUGCGUGUUCAUUGCUGUUUAUGUGUAAACAUCGUCCCUUUGUUCAGAUAUUGUUCGGUUAAAUACAGUCUACCAUCUUUUUGUUAAUUCUCAAGUAAUAGUGAAGGCACAUAACAGCCUUAUUUAUCUGUAAAAUUUCGGUUCAGUCAUUCAUUUAUUUUCAUACCGUUUCCAACUACUGAUUCUACAAAGAAUGACCUAAAGCUGUGUGAAACUGUGUUGACUACUGUAACGUUUUUAUAGUGCAUUUGUUGUCCACCAUCCACCUCAGUUCUGUUGUUUGUCAUUGUCUUGCUGGUCUUUAAUGGCCAUUCAAAAUAAGUGAUUGUGGCCCUUAGUAAACAAGCAAACCCCCUUAACUGGUUGCUAAAGCUUUCCAGAUAUUGCACAGAAUUGUUGAACUUUUCCGUUGCAAUUCCGACUGGUUGUGAUGUUGCAUAACCUGGCAGUGUACAGCAAACCUAAAGAUGUUAAUGAAAUGUAAUAUGUUUAUGACGAGAUACAGGAAAAGUAAUACCUAAUAUGUUAGCUACUUCAAUAUAAAUACAUUUACCAAUAUCCAUUAUAAAACACAAGGUUGUCUGUGCAAAUGCACUUGGAUUGAGAACUGUCCAGAGGAGAACAAACACGGUCUCCUCUAUUUAUUUCCUGUAAUAAUCAUAAAUUGAGAUAUGAUAAUUAUCCAGCAUUUGAAAUGUUUAACGAACUGAGUGCUCUGAAGUUGCUCUGAAGUGAUUUUUUCCUUUGAAUAAAGGAUUUGAUAUUAAAGGGAUAGUUCACCCAAAAAUGAAAAUUACCCCAUGAUUUACUCACCUUCAAGGCAUCCUAGGCGAUGCAAUCUGAGUUCUAUUUAAAAAAAAAAAUGUCCUGGCUCUUCCAAGCUUUAUAAUGGCAGUGAAUGGUUGUUACUUUUCAAUAGUCCAAAAGAAGUUAGAAGUUCAAAGAAGCUAGUGGAAGCUAGAUUACUGUUUAUAAAGUUUUAAAUAUGGAUAUUUUUCUUACAAAAACGCAUCGAGUCGCUUCAAGAGGCCUUUAUUCACUCCCCCGGAGCUGUGUUUUUUUAUGAUGGAUGGAUGCACUUUAUUGGACUUCUUUUGG